AUGUUGGAUCUAAGCACCAUCGUUACCCUGCUCUUUCUGUGCUACUUGGUCGGGGAGAUUGUAAAGGCGCAAAGAAAAACACAACAAUAUCCACCUGGACCGGCUGCUAUCCCAAUUCUUGGAUGUUUAUGGCGACUGAAAUUCUUUCAAUUAGAACGUGAUAUGUUGACAGAGGUAGCCAAGUCCCACGGGGACAUUUUCACUUUGUGGUUUGGUCCAUCCCCUGUGGUUAUAUUAAACGGAUUCCAAGCAGUGAAGGAUGGCCUUACCACCCACCCCGAAGACGUUGCUGGCCGCCCAGUGACCCCUUUCUUCCGAGCAAUGGCCAAUAACAAGGGUCUUUUGCUGGCAACUGGCAGCACGUGGAGGAAUCAAAGACGAUUUUCCCUGAUAACCCUAAAAAGUCUGGGCUUGGGGAAGAUGAGGCUGGAGUACCAGAUCCAAGAGGAAGCCCGCCACCUAGUGGAGAACUUUAUGAAUGCUAAAGGAAAGCCCGUGAAUCCGUCUUUCGCUCUCACACUUGCCGUUUCAAAUGUGGUCUGCGCUGUCGUCUUUGGGCAUCGCUUCUCCAGUGACGACAAAACCUUCCAUCACUUACUGGAAGCCAUGGAAUGUGUAUUCAAAUUUGGAGGAAGUCGCUGUCAUAAUCUAUACGAUUGCUUUCCUUGGGUUAUGCGCCGUCUGCCAGGCCCUCACAAGAAGACACUGUCUUGCUGCGAGUCGGUGCGUUCAUUCAUAAGGAAGGAGAUCAGUAUCCACCAGAGCAGAGGAGCGUCAGAGGAGCUGCUAGACUUCAUUCAUUGUUACCUGGCUCAAAUCGAGAAGAGCAAAGACCAGCCAAAACCAACCUACGAUGAACACAACAUGAUCCAGAGCAUAUUCGACCUGUUUUUGGGUGGGACUGAGACAUCCAGCACCACUCUCUACUGGGCAUUGCUUUAUAUGGUGGCUUAUCCUGAUGUCCAAGAAAAAGUCCAGAAGGAGAUAGAGGCCACCGUGGCUCCCUGCCAAACAAUCCGCUAUGAGGACCGCAAGAACCUGCCCUACACGAAUGCUGUGAUUCACGAGGUCCAGCGCUUCUCUAACAUUGUCUCCAUUGGGAUACCUCGACUAUGUGUGAAAGACACGAUGAUCCGACAGUUUCCCAUUAAAAGGGGCACUAUCAUUUUACCAAACAUCGCUUCUGCCUUGAUGGAUCCUAAUGAAUGGGAGACACCCCGGGAGUUCAAUCCGAGCCACUUCCUCGACAGAGAUGGGAAAUUCACCUGCCGAGAAGCCUUCAUUCCCUUUUCUAUAGGGCAUCGGCUAUGUCUGGGAGAACAUUUGGCAAAGACAGAGCUCUUUAUUUUCUUCUCCAACCUUCUGAAGGCCUUCACCUUCCAUUUGCCAGAAGGAGUGAAAGCAGUAAACUUGGAACCCGUUUUGGGGGGGACUUUGCAGCCGCACUAUUUUGAAAUCUGUGCUGAACCUCGCCAAGUCUUGUGUGGCUGAGAGUGUGUGCAAUGGGGAAGCAGUACAGUGAAUUCAAGAAUCUCUUUUUUCAGCUCGAAGUGUUUCCGGCUUAUUCGGAUUUGUGAGAAUCUCAGGUUUCAUUGUAAGGCAUUUUUAAGUUCCUUCAUGUUUGCUGAGGACGUACCUUAAUCCUUUUUUACUAUUUAUUUCCCAGGUUUAUUGUAGAUUGUUAGUCUAGGGGUAAGGGCCACAUUAAGCCAAGACAGGAAGAUGCAAGACGGCAA